ACAUCGAUGGAGCAACACUGGCUAUUUAAAUCAAACACAGCUGAUGAAAGAAUAGGACGCUGUUUUCUGCUUACUCUGUUUUUGCUGUUUGAUGGUGUGUUUGGCGAUGCAGUGAUGACAUUGUCAGUGAUGGAGGGAGAUUCUGUAACUCUAAACACUAAUAUUACUAAAAAACAACAUGACAAGAUACUGUGGUAUUUUGACGACACUCGCAUAGCUCUGAUCAACGGACAUCCCAAUACGAGCUGUUUAUAUGAUGGAGAAGACGGGAGAUUCAGAGACAGACUGGAGGUGGACUAUGAGACCGGAUCUCUGAACAUCACUAACAUCAGAUCUGAACAUGUUGGACGUUAUGAAGCAGAGCUGAUAAGAAGCGAAAGUUCAGGAAAAAGGCAAAGCUUGAACAGAAACCGCAAGUGUGACAGCACAAAAAUCACCAGAAAGAUCAGCAGCUCUCAUGAUGACACCAUAAAAACAUACAGCGUGAUCAUCAGCGCUUCUCUGUCUGAUCAAGAUGAAACCAAUGAAGAACCGUAUAUGGAGAAGCAUGCGGCUGACUUGAUUCCAGGUUCAGGUCCGUCUUCUGCUGUUGUAGCAGGAAUAGCUGUUGCUGUUCUGCUGGUGUGUGUAGCUUCAGCUGUUGGUGUGAUGAUGUACCUUCGCCACAGGAGCACUAGAAAGGGUAAGCAUCACCUACAGAUACUAUAG